AUGGCUGAAGGGAAUCUUUCCACUACAAAUUUGAAUUUGGUAGAUGUGACUAUUUCAUCUGUUCCAACUCUCGCGCUACCUACAACAGAUGACCCCCGCCCCUCAAGAGACCCAGAAACUCAUUUAGAGGUCAUUGCUCGUUUGGAACAGAAAAUUGCUGAACUAAGCUACAUAGUACAACAAAACAGAUCAUUUUCUCAAACUCCACCUCACAUGACUCCUCUUCCUCAUCGCAUUCGCGAAAAUAUGCCUAUACCACCCCCAUUUCCAAACUUGGAUGGACUUAAUCGAGAAAAUCAGUUCACCGCUCCUCAACCAAUUCAAAAUGUGCCACUGACUCACUCAGUCACUCAAAAUGCUCCCCUUCAGUUCACAACCGCUCCUCCAAAGGUUCAAUACACACAACUGACACAUGAUGUUACUAAUACGCAGCAAGUUUCACCAAUAUAUACUUAUGCCACAGUCCCACCUAUGACACAAACACUAGGACCAUGUCGGCUAGAUGUGGAUCAUUAUGUUGAAGCCGAAAAGGAGGCAAGAGCAGUUGAUGAUGAAAUAAUAAAUAGGAAGCUCAAGAGUUUGGAAGAUGCUAUGAGAGGUCUACGAGGGUUUGGUACUAAUCAAAGUGUGAAGUACGUAGAGUUAUGUGCAUUUCCUGAAGUAGAGUUGCCAGCUGGUUACAAAAUUCCAAAGUUUGAGAAGUUUGACGGAUCGGGGAAUCCUUUCUUCCACUUGAAGCUCUAUUGUGAAAAUUUAAUUGGUGUGGGGCAGAAUGAAGGGAUAAGAAUCAAAUUAUUCAAUCAAAGUUUGAGUGGCAAAGCUUUAGAGUGGUACUCUAAACAAGAUGUUACCAAAUGGCAUACUUGGGAUGAUUUGGCAAAUGCUUUUGUCGAUCAUUACAAAUUUCAUGUUGAGAUUGCUCCUGACAGAAUUUCGAUAACCGAAUUAAAGAAGAAAUCAACUGAAUCAUUUCAGGAGUAUGCUAUAAGGUGGAGGGAAGAAGCAUCAAGGGUACACCCGCCAAUGGAAGAGACAAAAGUGAUAACCUAUUUUAUUCGGGCACAGGAACUUGAAUAUUAUGAGCGGAUGGUCGUAAUGGGUGGAAAAACAUUUGCAGAGGUAAUCAAAGCCGGAGAAAUGAUCGAAAAUGGGAUCAAGACCGGGAGAAUAACAAGUCUAGCAGCAUUACAUGCCACUAGCAAGGCUAUCCAAACUGGUGCCCUCGGGAGUGGAAAGAAAAAGGAGAAAGAAGUUGCGGCUGUAAUGGCUUUGGGAGGUACUUCAUUUCACCAACGACAACCUUCGCAGUAUCAAUCAAACUCCCCUCAUUCACAACAUUUCCAAUAUUCGUCACACUCACCUUACCAAACUUCAUCAUCUUACCAGCCUCAACCGCCACAAAAAUCAUAUCAUGUUUAUAACACACAACCAACACACCAAGCUCCACCCUCACAACAACCUCAUCAUCCCAACAAUACACCCGGACUCCGUCCAAACAGGCCUGCUCGCAACUUCACACCAUUAGGGGAGCCCUUAAGUGUUGUCUUUGAAAGGUUGCAAGCUUCAGGUUUAUUGUAUCCCGUGGAAGGAAGAAUUCCAAACCCAUUACCUAGAAGUUUUGAUCCUACCAAGACAUGUGCAUAUCAUUCUGGGGUAAAAGGACAUUCAACUGACCGUUGUUAUGCAUUGAAACACAAGGUUGAAGACCUCAUUGAAGCAAAACAAAUCAAAAUCAGACAACCGGCACCAAAUGUGAACAACAAUCCACUCCCAAAUCAUAAUGAAGCCUCGGUGAAUAUGAUUGGAGUGGAUGAAGAAGAUGAUGAUCCGGCUAGAUUCAUAGUGCCUGUUAGGAGCAUGGAAGAUCAUACAUUUGUGGCUUUUACUUCUCCUAUGAUGAUGAUAAGGGGUUUUACACCCAUUGAGAUACUAGGAGUUGCAUCUACACCUGUGGAAGUACUUCAAGCGCCAAUUCAGUUACCAGUGGUCGAUACUAGAGUUGUACCAUGGAAUUAUCAACAGGCUGUGAUGGAGUGCCAUGGAAAGGAAACGACCAUUAUUUCGGGAAUGACGAGGUCUGGAAGAUGUUACACUCUAGAAAAACUAACUAGGUUGAGUCAAGGCAAUGAAUGCAAUGUUCCACCCAAGAAGGUUGUGACAGACGCAGAAGCACAAGAGUUUCUGAGAAAGAUCAAGGCGGGUGAAUACUCAGUUGUGGAUCAAUUGAAGAAGACCAAUGCCCAGAUCCCAAUCCUAUCUUUGCUUUUGACUUCGGACAUACACAGAGAUGCACUCCUGAAGAUUCUGAGUGAAGCAUAUGUGCCGACUGAAACAACAGUGAAGCAAUAA